UUUCUUCCUGCGGACUUGACACCACCGAUUGGGUUGUCGAGUGAAAAGUGUUGCUGUGCAAAAUCUGGCUACACGCUAGAUCUGUCAAAUAACGAAUUCGUGUCUCGGAGACACAGGACCUUCACCGUAGUCGGUAGGCUACGACCUGCUAGCCAAGAUGGCCGAGCUAAGGCACCGUGGAGCCAAAGACACCGACCCGACGUUACCGCCGCAGUCGUCAGAAGACAAGGUAACGGAGCCGUCAUUGAAGGUGGAAAAAGAUGGGGCGUCAGAUGGCGAAUCCAAGGUGGACUCAGGCGUCCCAGAGGUGCCGGCCCCUGCUGAUGACACCCCUGAGGUUCUUAACAAGGCCCUAUCUGGACUCUCUUCAAGAUGGAAGAACUGGUGGAUCCGAGGCAUCCUCACCUUAGCCAUGAUCUCCUUCUUCUUCCUCAUCAUCUACCUGGGCCCCAUGGUGCUAAUGAUGAUUGUCCUCUGUGUUCAGAUCAAGUGCUUCCAGGAAAUCAUCACCAUUGGCUACAGUGUGUACCACUCCUACCACCUGCCCUGGUUCAGGACUUUGAGCUGGUACUUCCUGCUGUGUGUGAACUACUUCUUCUAUGGUGAGACUGUGACAGAUUCCUUCUUCACACUGGUGCAAAGGGAGGAGCCGCUCCGCAUCCUCAGCAAAUACCACCGAUUUAUCUCCUUCGCCCUCUAUCUCACAGGUUUCUGCAUGUUUGUGCUGAGUUUGGUGAAGAAGCACUACCGUCUUCAGUUCUACAUGUUUGGUUGGACCCAUGUGACUCUGCUGAUUGUGGUCACUCAGUCUCACCUUAUUAUUCACAACCUGUUUGAGGGGAUGAUCUGGUUCAUUGUGCCAAUUUCCUGCGUGAUCUGUAACGACAUUAUGGCCUACAUGUUUGGUUUCUUCUUCGGCCGAACCCCUCUCAUCAAGCUUUCACCUAAGAAGACAUGGGAGGGAUUCAUCGGUGGACUGUUCUCCACCAUUGUGUUUGGCAUCAUGCUCUCCUAUGUGAUGGCCGGCUGCCGCUACUUUGUGUGCCCGGUGGAGUUCAACACCAACUCCAACAGCUUCCAGGUGGAAUGUGAGCCGUCUGAGCUUUUCCAGCUCCAGGACUACGCGCUGCCCAGCGUCCUGGAGUCUAUCACUGGAUGGACCACAGUCCGUCUCUACCCGUUCCAGAUCCACAGCAUCGCUCUCUCCUCCUUCGCUUCCAUCAUGGGACCUUUCGGUGGCUUCUUUGCCAGCGGCUUCAAAAGAGCCUUCAAGAUCAAGGAUUUUGCCAACACCAUCCCGGGCCAUGGUGGCAUCAUGGACCGAUUUGACUGCCAGUACCUCAUGGCCACAUUUGUUAAUGUCUACAUUGCUAGCUUCAUCAGGGGCCCCAACCCCAGCAAGGUGAUCCAGCAGCUCCUGGCCCUCCGCGUCGAUCAGCAGCUCCACAUCUUCAACUCGCUGAAGGCUCACCUGACAGAGAAGGGCCUGCUGCCGGCGCUGGCGGAGGCCGCCGCCUAGAGGCCCCCCACCCCUCACCCACCCCAGCUCGCCCUGAGAAGAGGGCAGCACCCCGAGGGCCCAGGAGCUCGGGGGGGGGGGGGGCUUGCAGUGCUGUGCGUGUGAGCCAAAACAAACUAGAGCCUGGGUCAUUCCGUCUCAUUUGGGUAUGAGAGCAGAGUGCGUGUCUGUGAAGCACCAGGUUCAGGUUGGGUCAGGGAACCACUGGACCCUGGUUCCACAUUUCCAUCACUGCCCAUGUUUAUAUCCACACUGUUGCACAAAAUGUUGGUCAGCUGUUCAUUUCUACCUGUACACAGGCUAUCCUCUAUAUACCUAUUAAUGUGUGCUCCUUUUUUAUUGUACAUUUAUUUGUUUUAAUGUACUUUUCUCAACCCUGUUACUGUAUCGUUACCCCGGUGCACACCCCAGCUCCCCAAAUGUAACUUUUAAUUUUCUUUGUUGUGAUUGUUUCUAUUUAUACAUAGAUUGAUUUUAUAUUUGGUGUGUUCUAUUAUAUCUCAAUGUUGUGUCU